UCGCCUUAUAGCUGGAAAGAAGCAAGUCGAUCUAAGUGCUGAAUCGGUUCAACGUUAAGCCAUUUUCUAAAAAAUUUCAUUGUCGUGAAAUUUAAUGCAAGAAGGGGAGCCUUGCCCCCUCCUACAAGCUCCGCGCUGUUUUUGCAAUAGUCAUUGCUCAGCAGCCGAUCUCAAGAAAACGUGGAGACGCUCAAGGGAGGAGGAACGAGUCAUACAUUCUGUUGGUCCAUCCCCGUGGUGGUGUGAGACGCUAGCCAGGAAUAAAGUGCUAUAUUUUUUGGGAAGAGUGCGACCAAUAAGCAUAGCACUGCAGUCUGGAACCUUCCAAGAGCAAGCUGAGUUAAACGCUUCUCUUUCAGUUUUCACCGAAGAAAAGAAAACACUCACACUUCUUCCCUGCCUACAAAAAUGUUCAGCUGGUUGGGUACUGAUGACAGACGAAGAAAAGACCCUGAAGUAUUUCAUACUGUAAGUGGGGGUCUUAAAAAACUCUACAAAACCAAGUUGCUCCCUCUGGAAGAGUACUACAGAUUCCAUGAGUUUCAUUCUCCUGCUCUUGAAGAUGCUGACUUUGACAACAAGCCCAUGGUCCUGCUUGUGGGACAAUAUUCCACUGGGAAGACCACCUUCAUAAGGUACCUUCUUGAACAAGAUUUCCCUGGAAUGAGGAUUGGGCCGGAGCCUACGACUGAUUCCUUCAUUGCAGUGAUGCAGGGGGAUGUGGAAGGUAUCAUUCCUGGAAACGCACUGGUAGUGGAUCCUAAAAAGCCGUUCAGGAAACUCAAUGCCUUUGGCAAUGCCUUCUUGAACAGAUUUGUAUGUGCUCAACUGCCAAAUCCGGUACUAGAAAGCAUCAGCAUUAUUGAUACUCCAGGAAUCCUUUCUGGGGAGAAACAAAGAAUUAGCCGAGGCUAUGACUUUGCUGCUGUCCUGGAGUGGUUUGCAGAGCGAGUGGACCGUAUCAUUCUCCUCUUUGAUGCCCACAAGCUAGAUAUCUCAGAUGAAUUCUCAGAGGUCAUCAAAGCACUGAAGAACCAUGAGGACAAGAUGAGGGUAGUGCUAAACAAAGCAGACCAGAUUGAGACACAGCAGCUUAUGAGGGUUUAUGGUGCUCUCAUGUGGUCUUUAGGGAAGAUUGUCAAUACUCCCGAGGUGAUCAGGGUCUACAUUGGUUCCUUCUGGUCCCACCCGCUGCUGAUCCCAGAUAAUCGCAAGCUAUUUGAGGUAGAGGAGCAAGACCUCUUCAGAGAUAUCCAGAGUCUUCCUCGCAACGCAGCACUUCGGAAACUGAACGAUCUCAUUAAACGAGCACGGCUAGCCAAGGUUCAUGCUUACAUCAUCAGCUCACUGAAGAAAGAAAUGCCAUCUGUAUUUGGAAAAGAUAAUAAGAAGAAAGAGCUUGUGAACAACUUGGGUGAGAUUUAUGCACGGCUUGAGCGGGAGCAUCAGAUUUCACCAGGAGACUUCCCUAAUCUGAAAAAGAUGCAGGAGCAGCUGCAGGCUCAAGAUUUCAGCAAGUUCCAGCCCCUUAAGAGUAAACUGCUGGAUGCUGUGGAGGAUAUGCUAGCCAGUGACAUUGCACAGCUCAUGGUGCUGGUGCGCCAGGAAGAGUCCCAGAGGCCUGUCCAGAUGGUGAAAGGGGGAGCCUUUGAAGGCACCCUGCAUGGCCCAUUUGGACACGGCUACGGCGAAGGGGCAGGAGAAGGAAUUGAUGAUGCAGAGUGGGUGGUGGCAAGGGACAAGCCCAUGUAUGAUGAGAUCUUCUACACGUUGUCACCUGUGGAUGGGAAGGUAACUGGGGCUAAUGCCAAGAAGGAGAUGGUGAGGUCCAAGCUGCCCAACACAGUGCUGGGCAAGAUAUGGAAACUGUCUGACAUUGAUAAAGAUGGGAUGCUGGAUGAUGAGGAAUUUGCUUUGGCUAAUCAUCUCAUAAAGGUCAAACUGGAAGGUCAUGAGCUCCCGAAUGAGCUUCCUUCCCAUCUCAUCCCGCCAACUAAGAGGAAAUUAGCAGAGUGAUAAGCCUACUAAUAAGAGAUUGGGGGAGGGGGGGAAAUGGAAGGAAAGGGAAUAUGCUUCUUGUAUGUUUCAGCUGUGAGGUCACCUUUUGAGUUAUGAUGACUUCUCUGUGUGAAGACCAACUGGAUGCAAAAAUCAUGUCCAGUUCUUUUUCAUGAAGAUAUGCAAUUAACUCUUCCCAUAUAUGAUUCUUGCUUCCCAAUCUAUGUUAAUAUAAAAGGAAACUGAUGGUGGAAAUGGAAGGAGUGGCAAAGGCUGUGUUAUAUAGAGAUACAGUCGACGAUGGCUUCUGUCAUUCAGUCAAGUGCCCCCGGCUUGUGAAAUUCUUGUUGAAUUUGUCCCCAAGCUGUAGAUAUGCAUUGUAAUUGCUGACAGGCCCCAAGCUAAAACCUGAGCUGAAACAUACCUCUAGGUGAGAGUGGUGCUUAAAAAUUGCACUUGAAUCUAAAGCAUUUUUACAUGGCCAAAAUUAUUUUUUCUGAGACAGUCUUCAGUUCCUGUUCAGUCUUCCUGCCUGUCUGCUGUGUUUUUAUUGAUUACUCGUGGUACAAUUUUGUCUUCAGGAUAACUUGGGGGGAGGGGAGAGAAUAGCAGACAAGACCCCCUUUUCAGGUAUUUAACAUUGCAUUUGACAUUUGACCUUUGAGGAAAAGGAAGCAGGCCUUCCCAGGGUUUUGGAAACUCUGGAUUUCAAUUUAGGGCCUUGAAUCCUUUUCUAGUUAUCUCUCUGCCCACUUGCAAAUGCUGUUGGGAUUCUGUGACAUUUCAGUUUGAGCAGGGUGGAGCUGGAGUUUAGUCAGUCUCAAAUGAUAGCACAAGCCAAAGAAAGUGUGAGAGGCAAGUAGGACUAGCAAGCCUCUUGCACAGAAAUAAUAGCAAACUCCGGGGCAGGUACCAAAGUAGAGGCAAGUGUUUCCUGGCAUCUUCUGCCCCUAGAACUAGGCCAAGCUCCUCACACUGCUUCAAAUGUUCAUUUUGCCGUGCCUGGACUAAUAAUGCCUUGGAUCCAGUGCAGCAUUUCUGUGAGUAGAAGGAUUUCUGCCCACAGAGUUUUCCAUUCUUGCUCCUCUCCCCCCCGCCCCCAGCUGCAGUUUAAAAUUCCCGUCACUCAGGUGCU